CGUUUAAAAGCCGUCUCAGCUAUGGCUAAAGCCAAAAGACAUAACCAAUCUCCGUCUGUGAAUCUCUGUUAUAGCGAUGUCUGUGAAGGAAGACGUAUCGUAGAAUUAAAAGAAUUGGGAAAAAAUUUAAAAUGUUGCAAUUGCAAGUGCAUUCUUUCCUUAGAAAAUAUUAUAGAAGAGAUCCGUAUCGGUUUAAAUUCUCUUUUGAAAGUUAUAUGUGACAAAUGUUACAUUGCAACAAACGUUUAUACCGGAAAAAUACGCUGUCGGCGAGAUAAAUUAACAUAUUAUUCGGAUAUAAAUAUGAAGACUGCUCUUGGUUGCAUUCAUUCUGGAAUUGGACAUACUUCCUUAAAUAAAUUAUUCGCAUCUUUAAAUAUUCCAUCCAUAUCCUCAAAUUCAUUUAAAAGAUACGAGAGACAAGUUGGUCCAGCAAUCGAAAAAGUAGCAAAAGAGAGUUGCAAGAGAGCAGCGGAAGAAGAACGUCAAUUAGUAAUAAAAAAUAUUGAGAAGUUAUGCAAAGAACUGCCUGCCGAAAUAUCAAAAGAAAUUUAUCCCGAAAUUAACACUCUUCAUUCUGUCACUUCUAAAAAUAUUAAUUCUCAAUCAACUGAUACAAAUCAUAUGAUACAAUCUGAUAUGAACAUAUCCAAUGAGUUUGAUGCUGCCGUUGGAAAUAUCAUCAAUAUUAUUGUAUCUUACGAUAUGGGAUGGAGUACACGUGGAAACGGUAGAAGUUACGAUAGUUUAAACGGUUAUGAUGCCGUAAUUGGUUUUCUCAGUGGAAAAAUAAUUGAUUUUGCUACUCGUAAUAGAAAAUGUGCAUUCUGCGACUAUGGAAAUAAUAAAGAAAAUCAUGAUUGUCGAAAAAAUUUUGAAGGCAGUGCAAAAGCUAUGGAGCCUAGUGUAGGUGUAGAAUUAAUGACUCAAAGUACCGUAUUGAAAGAAAUAGGACUAAAUGCUCGCGUUUUAAUCGGCGAUGAAGAUAGUUCGACAAUUGCUGCU